CUUUACUUUUGUUUAAUAAUGAAGAUUCAGUUUAAAUUAUUAGAUCAAAGGAAAGGAAUCAUCAUUUUUUCAAGUUGUAUUUUAUUCAUUACUUGUAUAGUCUUUCUUGUUCAUUUCUAUUUUAUGUACGAUAAUAACACAAAGACGACAGCAGUAACAGAUUCUAAUUAUUUAAGCAAUGAACAAAGCUUCUUUGAUAAUGUCGACGAUCAAAGCUCUCUAUUACCAUGUCCAUGUGAUCCUUCUUUAUUAGAGGAUAUAAAAAAAGUUGAAUCAGAAAAGACAGUGAAGGAUAGAACAAAGAAGAUUGAAACCCAACUACCGCCAGUAGCAGUCAUGAAGAAAGUAAAUGCUAACCUUUUAAAGGAUCGAGUAUUGAUCGUUGCUACGGCUAAUUAUGGUAUGCGAAAUCAUGUCUAUAAUUGGAUUGAAUCUAUUAAAAGAACAGGUGAAAAGAAAUUUUUGAUCUUUUGCUUUGAUCAAAAGCUCUAUGAUCAUCUCUGUCUAACAGGUCAUGAAAAUCAAGCGACAUUAAUACCCGAAGUCUGGUAUCAUCAACAAGUAGAAUCAGACUUUAAAACUUAUUUUAGUCAAGAAUAUAGAGUGAUUACACAUUCUAAAACACUUGUCGUUCAACAACUUCUUUAUCUUGACAUUCAUGUCCUCUUUUCAGAUGUCGAUAUAGUUUGGCUUAGAAAAGAUAUUGUUCAUUACAUGACUCGUCUUUUACAGAUUCGACCUGAAACAGGUGUCCUAUUUCAACAAGAAGGAUUAAAUCAACAAGAAAUUAACAGUGGAUUUUAUUUAAUGCGUUCCACAGAUGAAAUGAAGUUAUUAUUAGCAGAAACAAUUGAAAUUCAAGAUUCAAGUAAUAAUACUAAAACACAACAAGGGGCCAUGAAUACUGCUUUAAAUCAAUUUAAUCUUGAUAUUCGAACAUCUCCAAUUGUUUUAUUAGAUAUCUUACAUUUUCCAAAUGGAUACGUGUAUUAUACACUUGACUUACCUAAUCAAUAUGGAAUUGAACCCUAUAUUGUUCAUGCAAACUAUUUGGUUGGCGAAGAUAAAAAGCAAAAACUAGUAUCAAGUAAUUUUUGGUAUCUAAAUGAUACUUGGCUGGACCAAAUAGAUAAAAAAUUAAAUAUGAUUUAAUAUGAUUCUACUCGAGCAUAUAAAUGUGUUGUAGUACAGUAGAAGAAGGAGUGGAAUAUUUUAAUAUAAAAGGAAAAUAAUAAACGUGAUCUUUUAGCAUAUAAAUAGAAAUGCU